AUGUCUAAAAGAAAAAACGAGUUUUCAUCUGAAUCUUACAACAAAGGAAAAGAAAACAUUUCUAACGGUGUUCCAGCCAUCUUAAAUACGAAUGCAUCUACAAAUAUUACAACUGGUCAUACAAAUGUUCGUAGAGGUAGAAGGCCAUUAUCGACAAUUACUAAUGUUGUUGUUCCCACUGUAACACAAGAUCAGGCAAGACAUAGUCGAAAAAUUAGGAAAGUAUUAUUGGAUAACAAAAGAUCAAAAUUAGAUGGAUGUCCAUCAAAUGUUGACCAUACAAUUGUCAUAACAACUGAUUCGAUACCCUCUCCUUCUAUUCCGACCGUUACCCAAAAAUUAUCUGCUUUAUCUGCAGAUAACAGCCGCUUUAGGGAAGUAAAUUUGGAGAAUACAACAUCUCCUCUGAGAAAUAGUAUAUCAUAUUCCAAUAGGAGUAUACAUCGCUCUCCUGAUAUAGAAGCAACUCCAAUUGUCAUUACUAAUCGUACUGCAUCAUUCAUGGGAACAAGCAAUUUAAGUUGUGUUACGAACAACGGUACACCACCAGCAGACGCUACUCCCGGUCGUAUUGCUAGCAACAUUACGUCAUUUAGUGGCACCUCCGGUAUUCUUCAAAAUUCUUCUUUUGAAAGGUUGUCAUCCGGUAAACGUAAGUUAAUUGGUAGGCCACGAAUUACUUCUCCAAUACCAAUUAUUGACUUUACCACAGAGCAAAUUAUGGUUCAAGAUCCCUUGAAAGGUGUUUCAAAAGAUUAUUUGGACCACGGUGACCAAUGCGUUACUUGUGAAGUAUGUAAUGCAAAGUUGUGGAAUGCAGAAAAAGGAAAAGGAAGAAAAAAGGAUGGAAAAGUUUGUUAUUUCAUUUGUUGUUCUUAUGGCAUAGUAGAGCUUCCAGAUUACAAAGAUGCAAGAGGAAGUUAUCGGAUUCUGUUUACUAACAAUGGUGAUGAAAGCAAGCACUUUUUGAAAAAUAUUCGCCGUUACAAUUCUAUGUUUGCAUUUACUUCAAUGGGUGGUAAGGUUGAUUCGACGGUUAACAGAGGCAAUGGUCCUUUUUGCUUUAGAAUUAGCGGCGAGAAUUAUCAUACAAUUGGAAGUCUUAUGCCAAUCAACGGAGCUCAACCAAAAUUUUGCCAACUAUACAUAUAUGAUACUGAAAACGAAAUUUCAAACAGGCAAUCGAUAUUUAGGGGUUCAGAUGGUGCGUCUUCUUCUUCAUCGGCAAAUGUUGAUAUUAAAUUGAUCGAACAUAUAAAGGAUGUACUAGAAAAUGACAACGAGUUGGUCAAAACUUAUAGAAGAGUUAGGGAUUCCUUCCAAGACAACCCUAAUGUAAAUGUGAAGCUUCGAAUAAUUGGAGCAAGAGAAAAAGAUGGUCGCACGUAUAACUUACCAACGGCUGGUGAGAUCGCUGCUCUUAUUGUUGGUGAUAUCGAAAAUGUGGUUGACAAUAGAGAUAUUAUAGUUGAGACUCGAACAGGUGAACUAAAAAGAAUUAGUGAGUUGCAUCCAUCAUAUCUUGCACUACAAUAUCCGAUUCUGUUUCCGUACGGAGAUGAUGGCUACAGAAUUGAUAUCCCUCAUAGAGGUGUUGUUGAUGUUGUUAAUAAAACACGUCCAAAGUGUACUAUGAGAGAGUUCUUUGCCUAUCGUAUCCAGGAUCGUAUAAAUCAGUUUUCAUUGAUCCUUAAUUCUAAGAGGCUUUUCCAGCAGUUCCUGGUCGACGCAUAUACUAUGAUAGAGAGCGAGAGACUUAGGUACAUACGAUAUCAACAAAAAGAUCUUAGGUCCGACACAUAUGAAAGUCUCCGUAAUUUACGAAGUAAAGGUCAAGAUGAUAUAUCUAAAGCUGGAAAACGCAUUUUUUUGCCGUCUUCUUUUACUGGUGGAGCACGAUAUAUGAUGCAAAACUAUUUAGACGCUAUGGCUCUGUGUAAGUGCUUUGGUUAUCCAGAUUAUUUUAUUACCAUAACAUGCAAUCCAAAAUGGCCAGAAGUUCAACGGUUUCUCAAAGACACCAAUCUUAGUCCCGAAGAUAGGCCUGAUAUCCUGUCUAGAGUCUUCAAAAUAAAACUCGAUUCUAUCUGCAAAGAUUUAAAAAAGAAUCAUGUAUUAGGCAAAGCGUCAGCAGUUGUUUACACUAUCGAGUUCCAAAAACGUGGUUUGCCUCAUGCACAUUUAUGCUUAUUCAUGGAACCUGAAUUCAAAUUACCUACUGUGGACCAUGUUGAUUCAUUUAUAUCUGCUGAAAUUCCAAACAGAGAAGAAGAUCCAGAAUUAUUCAUCCUGGUGAAAGAGUAUAUGAUACAUGGUCCAUGUGGUAAUGCUAGGUUGAGCUCUCCAUGUAUGGUAGAUAUGAAGUGUUCAAAAGGCUUUCCAAAAAAGUUUCAAGAUCAUACAACACUUGAUUCAAAUGGGUUUCCAUUAUACAGAAGGAGAAACAAUGGUUCUUCUGUUGUGAAAAAUAAAAUUGAGCUUGAUAACAGGAGUGUGGUUCCUUAUAACAAAAAAUUAUUGAAAAGAUAUCAAGCUCAUAUCAACGUUGAAUGGUGCAAUCAAGCCGCGUCUAUAAAAUAUCUUUUUAAAUACAUCAAUAAAGGUCCUGAUCGAGCCACUAUAGCUGUUGCGCGUGGUGAUAGUCAACCGGAAGAGCAACCACAAGACGAGAUCAAAGAGUAUUACGAUUGCCGCUAUAUAUCAGCUUGCGAAGCAUCUUGGAGGAUAUUUGCUAAUGAGGUACAUUAUAGAAGACCUUCUGUUAUGAGGCUUCCAUUCCAUUUACCUGGCCAACAACCUGUUGUUUUCGGCCCUGACGAGGAUAUUAACUCCGUUCUAAACAAACCUUCAGUUAAAUCUUCAAUGUUUCUAUCAUGGAUGGAACGUAAUAAAGACCCAAAUGACCUGUUGGCACGUACACUUACAUACGUUCAGUUCCCUAUUUUUUAUGUAUGGAAGCUUGACAAGCGAGUAUGGGAACCAAGAAAAGGGAAAAAAUCAAUUGGCAGGAUUCAUUCCGUAUCUCCAACUUUAGGUGAAGCGUAUUUCUUGAGAAUUCUUCUUAACAAGGUUAGAGGACCAACAUCGUUUGACGACAUUAAAACAGUUAAUGGUAAAGUUUACGAUACAUACAGAGAUGCUUGCUAUGCACUUGGCCUUUUAGAUGAUGAUUCAGAAUAUGUAGAGGCAAUAAAAGAAGCAAAUUUAACUGGAAGCGCUUCAUACAUUCGCAAUUUAUUUUCUACGAUGUUGUUAUCCGGUAGUCUUUCUAGACCUGAGGUUGUUUGGGAAACUUCGUGGAGAUACAUGGCGGACGAUUUUGUUUACAGAUUAGCAAAAUACCAUCGAGUGACAGCGUUAUCAAUUCCGGAUCACCAACUGAAGAACUAUGUGUUGGUCGAAAUUGAAAAGUUUUUAUUGCGAAAUAAUUCUUCUUUGCGAAGAUUUGAAUCAAUGCCAUAUCCAGAUAUGUCGUCUUCAGGUAUUUCCGAUUGUCGUUUGAUAUACGAGGAGCAGGCAUAUGAUACAACAUACCUUGGAAAUCUGUACGAUAGUCAUUUGACAAUGUUAACUGAUGAACAACGCACUGUUUUUGAAGAGAUUAUGGCAGCAGUAAACAGUGAUAACGGUCAGAUUUUUUUCCUUUAUGGCUAUGGCGGAACAGGUAAAACUUUUCUAUGGAAAACAUUGUCCGCUGCAAUUAGAUCAAGAGGUCAAAUCGUGUUAAAUGUGGCUUCCAGUGGAAUUGCAUCGUUGUUGUUAGAUGGUCGCAGGACUGCACAUUCCAGGUUUAGCAUACCGUUGAAUCUUACUAAAGAUUCCGUAUGCCAUAUAAAACCAGAAAGUGAUUUGGCUAAAUUACUUCACGAGACUAAAUUGAUAAUUUGGGAUGAAGCACCUAUGGUUCACAAACAUGCAUUUGAAGCGCUUGACAGAACAAUGAAUGACGUUUUCAACAUUGACACAUCUCUAAAUUCUGAAAUCCGCUUUGGAGGUAAAGUUAUUGUUUUUGGAGGAGAUUUUAGACAAAUAUUACCUGUUGUUCCAAAUGGUGGCAGACAAGAGAUUGUUAAUGCCUCCUUAUGUUCGUCUUAUUUGUGGAGUAAAUGUAAAUUGCUAAGACUAACUAGAAACAUGAGGUUAACGGUUGGAAGAUCUACGGCUGAUGUUGAUGAAAUAAAUAGUUUUGGCAAAUGGCUUUUGGAUUUGGGUGAGGGUAACGUUGGUGGUCCAAAUGAUGGAGAAGCAACUAUUGAAAUACCACGAGAUCUUUUGAUUACUGAUCCAUCUGAUCCAAUUGGAAGUUUAAUUGAUUUUGUUUAUCCAUCAAUCUUGGAAAACGUAGACGCCCAUAACUAUUUUAGUGACCGGGCCAUACUUGCACCUAAAAAUGAAGUUGUUCAUGAGAUUAAUGACAGGUUGCUAGCAAUGUUUCCUGGUGAAGAAAAAGAGUAUCUUAGCUCUGACAGUCUUUGUCCGUCUGAAGAUGUAAAUUCUACACAACAAAGACUUUACUCUCCAGAUGUGCUCAAUGGUCUUAAAAUAUCUGGCCUACCUAAUCAUAGGUUAGUCCUUAAAGUUGGUGUUCCAGUCAUGUUAUUAAGAAAUAUUGAUCAACGGAAUGGAUUGUGCAACGGUACAAGGCUACAAGUAAAGAAGCUGCACAACCGUGUAAUAGAAGCAGAGAUAAUAUCUGGUUCAAAUAUUGGUACUUGCACAUAUAUCCCUCGAUUAAACUUGAUACCUUCUGAUAAAAAGAUUCCUUUCUCUUUUCAAAGAAGACAAUUUCCACUGGUCGUAUGUUUUGCAAUGACCAUCAACAAAAGUCAAGGUCAAUCUCUUUCAAGAGUAGGUUUGUACCUCAAACAACCAGUCUUCUCUCAUGGUCAGUUGUAUGUUGCCUUAUCAAGGGUGAAAACAAGAAAUGGUGUGAAGAUACUCAUACUUGACAACAAUGGAAAACCUACGGAUAAAACAACUAAUGUGGUGUAUAAAGAGAUAUUCAACGAUUUGCCCAUUAAAACCCUUGUAUCAAAUCCGGCCCCAAAUUCUAAUCAUUCAUCUACCGCUCCAUCUCCAUCUCCGUUCUUCAAAGGGCGACAAAGAAACGACAGGGAGUGUUCAAGAUUUUCCCUUAUCAGCAAAAGGUUUGUUCUUCUAUAUGAACUAUUCCAUCAUAUGAAUGUUCGUGUUGAUGUUCGAUUGAAGUUUAUACUUUUGUAUGGAUGUUCGAUUGAGUUCAAACUUAGAAGGAUGCAUGGGUUUGCUUCUUACAUGACCGACAACCAAAGGAAAUCUUUGUAUGAAGAAGCAUUACAAAGUUUCCGGAUAUUUUAUUUCUAUGACAAUAUUGCAUUUGCUCCAUCUGAUUAUUUUUACAACAGACCCAAUGGCGCUUUUGAUAAACCUGAUGCUAUGCAUAUCAAUCUUUUAUUUGUACAUCACAAAAUGGACAAUACCAUUCCAAAUUAUCCGGUUGUUAUUAGAGGUCCUGGGAAGCAUAAAUUUUUUGUUCGAAUGGAUGUUAGUGACAAUCAGCUUUACAUAACAACUGGAUGGGAUCGGAUUAAGAAGAAAUUUUCACUAAGUGAUGAACAUCUUCUUGUGUUUGAAAUGAUUGAUCUUCACACUUUUGAUAUGUCCGUUUUCAAUUUUUCCAAGGAUGCUGAUUUAGUGUUGCCACCGGAAUUAUAUGUUGCUAUUAAGGAAGAAGUAGUAGAAGAGGUUAUCAGUAUCUCUGAUGGUGAAGAUGUGCAUGACAUAACUAAGGACAAUGAAGCUGAAAUGCUCGCUGUAACUACGAAAGACGAAACUAUUCCAGUAGUUUUCCGUGUGGACAAUCAUUUUCGCAUUAAAAAAGUUCUCGCUAAAAAACUUGGCUUGGAUAGGAAAAGGACUUUAAAGAUUGUAGAUGCUGCUGGAAAUGUUUGGGAUGUUCGAGUUGGUAUCGAGUCUCUUGAUGGUCGGUUUUACAUAAAAAAACAUGAAACAGUUUGUGAAGGAUAA